AUGACCCAGCAAUAUCAGUACCCUGCGAACGUGUUCCAGUCCAUCCCUGAGCAAUGGACUGUACAAGAUGACACUGUCUGGCCGCAGUACAGUGCCUGCGUAGCGGCGAGCGACCCUGCGUCGAUAUACCCAUCGCCGCCCGCUUCCACAGGGUCGUACAGUCGUUCAGUCUCACUAAAACAGAUAUCCCCACCCCCAGCGCCCACGAUGGUCCCUGACGCCAGCUCUGUUGAACAGGACGAAACGGAAGAACUAGUGGUUUCCGUCUCUACGUCGUUCUGUCCUGGCGCACACCCCCUCGAAUCGGAUGUCAUCUUCUGCUCAUCCGAUGGUGUCCUUUUCUACCUCCAUUCUCAAGUUAUCGUGACAGCUGCCCCAAACGCAUUCUUCGCAUUCUUGUCUGGGAAAGGGUCGAUCGUCAACGGUGGCCCCAUCAGUAUCCCAGAGUCUUCAACAACGCUCAACAUCAUCUUGCAUACAUUAUACGGCACAUCAUGCGCACAAAACUCACCGAGCUUGGACGAUUUGAUUCAAGCUGUUGAUCGUAUGCCUUUUCACGGUAUCGCUCCUCAGAGACUCAUCGUUCCCAAAACGCCGCUGUACAUGCUCCUGCUCUCCUACGCACCAUUGCGACCGAUAGAGGUUUACGCCCUCGCCGGGUUCCACUGCCUCGAAGAGUUGGCAGUGCAUGUGUCCUCCCAUCUUCUUUCAUUCCCCCUGUCCACGAUCAGUGACGAACUAGCGACAAGAAUUGGCUCCGUGUAUCUCAAGCGUCUCUUUCUCUUACACGUCCAUCGUCUAGACGCUCUGAAAGACGCCCUUUUGCAGCCUCCACAUCCCCACGCGCCCACCAAAGAAUGCACCUUUGCGGAGCAGAAGAAGCUCACGAGAGCUUGGGCUUUGGCCUCUUCGUAUCUCGUUUGGGAUGCCACACCAGAUGUCUCCACUCACAGAAUCCAAUCGGCGCUUUCUUCUUUGGUAAAAGGCAUUUCUUGCAAGGAGUGUGAGAACUCUGCCAAUGCGCGGAUGCGAGAGGUCGUCGUAAAAUGGGCCGCAGUCAAAUGCACCGUCUGA